GCCUUUCUGCGUUCAGUCCAUUUUCCACAAGGAAGCGGAGAAGUGGAGGGAGGGAUUUUGUGGAUGGGUUUUCUUUCGGGCCGCGUUAUGAGUGAACUGUUUGUGCUGGAAGUUGUUUUUUGGACCUGUUUACUGCUUUGAAUGCAACUUAAUAUUACCUGGGAGGCCUUACUUGAUGUGAACAGCAGAAAGCUGUUUUGGAAAGGACAUACUGCAUCACUGGGAAACUGAGGAGGAGACGAUGCCUAACUGCUGUGCGGCAUACGGAUGUGGGAAGACCCACAAGGACAAUGUUACCAUGUUCAGAUUUCCCAAGGACCCCGUUGACUUUCGCAAAUGGGAAAAGCAGGUCCAGAGAACUAGAAGGAAAUGGUUUGCUAAAGGCCUCUCUUUCUUGUGCUCUGAACACUUCAGCAAAGACUGCUUUGAGCCUAGAUCCGCUGCAGUGGCCAAAACGAUGGGGUUCAAGGGCCUCAAACUGAGGGAAGGAGCUGUUCCCACUAUUUUCAUCCGGCGGCCUUGCAGUAACUGUGAUGGGUCAGGCUGCAUGUCGUGCAGCCCAAAGAAAAAGAAACAAGGCAUGAGCACCAUCAGCACAGCAACAGAGCCCCAGAGCACUGAGACAGCAGAGUAUACAGGGGCUCCUUUGGAUGCAGACCCUGAUGCUGCAGAGGAAGAGAGUGAAGAAGAGGAGGAAGAAAACAAAGCACAUUCUGAUGAAGAAGGGGUUACAAGUCCCACAUUUGGCUCACACUCCCUGUUGGCACGUAGCAAUGAACCAGUGGUCUGUGAGAUGUGUGGUAUUUCCGGCACUAGAGGUACCUUCUACUCCAGGAGCAAGCGCUUCUGCAGUGCGUCCUGCUCUCGCUCCUUCUCCUCCAACUCAAAGAAAUCCUCUGUAUUAGCACGGCUACAGGGAAGGCCACCUGCUCGGAAAGUUCAUGCAUCACAGACUGGGGUUUCAGCUCAGACACAAGGAACAGGAAAUCAUCAGGGCAGCACGACUUCCGGGCAAGAUGCGUCCUCUGGCUAUGAUUGGGGCAGUUAUCUUAAGAAACAUGGCUACCUCGCUGCCUCAGUAUCCAGCUUCAGACAUGCACCACUCUGUGCUCAGUGGGAGGACAUUGAGGUGGGGUUGCGAGUGGAGGUACUGAAUGCUCACUCUGCUCUGAUGACCAAGGUUUACUGGAUCGCCACCAUCAUUCGGCUUGCAGGCUACAAAGCCCUCUUACGUUAUGAAGGUUUUGAAAAUGAUGAUAGUCAUGAUUUUUGGUGUAACCUGGGCAGUGCUGAAGUCCAUCCCAUUGGCUGGUGUGCAGUAAACAGCAAGCUACUUGUUCCUCCCCAGGCACUCCACAACCAUAUAACUGAUUGGAAAUCAUAUUUGAUGAAGAGGCUUGUUGGAGCAUGUACACUCCCUGUGGAUUUUCAUGUCAAGUUGGCAGAAAGUAUGAAAUACCCUUUCAGACAGGGUGUCCGUGUGGAAGUGGUGGAUCGUUCUCUGGUUAGCCGAACACGUACAGCAGUAGUGGACACUGUCAUUGGGGGCCGCCUAAGACUUAUCUAUGAAGAUGCAGGAUUGGGACCCACCGGUGAGGUGCUCUCUGACUUCUGGUGUCACAUGUGGAGCCCCCUUAUGCACCCCAUAAACUGGUCUGUAAGAGUGGGCCAUCUGAUUAAGGAAACAGAUAAAUCUGUUGACAUGAGCAGUCAUCCAACAUUCCGUAAGGUCUUCUGUGACAGUGUGCCAAGACAGUUCAAGAAGUUAAGAACUGUUUAUGUUGAGGGAGGUUUUUUUGAAGAGGGAAUGAAGUUGGAGGCAAUUGAUCCGCUGAACCUAGGGAACAUCUGUGUAGCAACUGUUCGAAAGGUACUUUUAGAUGGCUACCUCAUGGUUGGUAUUGAUGGUGUGGAGAUGGGUGAUGGCUCAGACUGGUUUUGCUACCAUGCCAGCUCACAUGCUAUAUUACCUCCAGGGUACUGUCAAAACAAUGACAUACCCCUCACUCUGCCCCCUGGCUAUGAUCAGGCAACAUUUACAUGGCCCAAGUAUUUGGAAGAAACUAGAUCUGUGGCUGCUCCACGUAGAUUAUUCAACAGUGAUCCUGUGGGCCACGGUUUUGCCCCAGGCAUGAAGCUGGAGGCAGUGGACCUGAUGGAGCCUCGGCUGGUUUGUGUGGCCACGGUGCAGUGCUGCGUGGGCCGGCUACUCUUGCUGCACUUUGAUGGCUGGGAGUCAGAAUUUGACCAGUGGGUCGACUGCGAGUCCCCUGAUAUCUACCCUGUGGGCUGGUGUGAGCUCACUGGUUAUCAGCUUCAGCCUCCCAUUGGCCCAGAACCAAAGGAGCGUCCAAACCCAAGCAAAAAAUGGAUGGGGAAAAAGAGGAGAAGAACGGGGAGGAAAAAAACAGGUGAUGAUGCUUCAAAAGCCACUCAGCAAGGUGGUCAAGUGCAGUCAGAUGAGCAUCCUGCAUCUAGUCAUCCCCUAGAGGUGCCAUCUCUGUCCAAAGACGUGCCUACCACGAUGCCAACCAUGCCAGAUGUCAAUCAACUAAAGACUGAGCCAGAGGAAGAGAUCAUUUCGGUAAAAGUGAAAGUAGAGGAAAUUGAGAUGGAGACACCUAUAACUCAUAACAUGGAGGACCCUGACAUCUACGGCACCCUCACCCCGCUUGCCUCUCUCAAACAAGAAAGCCCACCAUGACACACAGGAAAUUACAUCAGAACAGUUCUGUCUGCUUACACACAAUUCUGAACUAUAAAAAAGGGAAACACAUACAUAAUAUGGCUUUGUGUUAUGAUUAAUGUUGUAUACUUGUUCUUUUUCCAACCGACUACUGCUUAUCUCCAUCUCUAUGUACAGUAUUAAAAUGAGGUCCAUCAA